AUGCGUGUGAUUAUUGUAGGCGGUGGAGUAGCGGGUCUCAAGGCCGCCUCGGACUUGCACUCUCAGGGAAUUGAGUUUGUGCUUUUGGAGGCCCAUGACCGUUUGGGAGGCCGUAUCUUGACGGAUCGAACUGGUUUGACGGCUUACGAUCUUGGAGCUUCGUGGGCCCAUGACACUUUGACCAACGAGCUGUUUGACGAGAUGGUGGCGGAAGGUGACUACGAUCUGUACUAUGACGACAUGAAGCCUUAUAUGGUUGGAGAGCAUUUUUCGAACGAUGAUUUUCAAAGGCUGAAAAUCGAGCAGGUUGCGAACGAGAUCACCAAGUUCGUCGAGCUGAGAGAGUUCAGCAGUCUGGAUAUUGAGGAUCACAGUUUGCAAGACGUGGUGGAGGAGUACAUCAGCAAGCAGAGACAGCUUUUGACGUCUGAGCAGGCUGACUAUGCUCCUCAAUUUAUUCGACAUCUGGAGUUAUGGCACGGUAUAGGCUGGGAAGAGAUGAGCUCCAAAUUCUCGCUUGUUGACAACGUUGGACGCAACUGUCUCAUUAGAUCGGGCUAUGAUCAGCUGGUUCAGAAGAUGGUGGACAAGCUCCCAAAAGAGUGUCUGAAAAUUAAACAGGUGGUAGCACGGGUCGAAAAAUCGACAACUAUCGUCGUGCACACGGCGGACGGAAAUAUUUAUAAAGGUGACUACUUGAUCUGCACCAUUCCACAAAGCCUCCUGCAGCUAGCUGCUCCCAGCACCGGAGCCAUUGAGUGGGUGCCGCCAUUACCCGAUCGGAUUACGGGGCCGCUUCGAAACAUGGGCUUCGGAAAGCUGGGGAAGGUGGUUCUGGAGUUUGAAUCUCCGUUCUGGUCGCACCUGCAGUACGAUCGAUUUCUCGGAAUUUCCAGCCCCACGGCCAAGAUGGGUGUGUGGAGCCAUCCUGUACUUAUUCUCAACAUGUUUUACAUCAGCAAAGUGCCGUCUCUGGUGUGCUUCAUCCAAGGAAAAAUAACCGACCAUCUAGAACGCAAUUCGCACCUUACCUGGGAGUAUUUCAAGCCACUUUUGCACAAGCUCGGCCCCGUGUCUUCGGCCCCCACUAAAGUGAUUACCACGAGCUGGACUGUAGACCCUUUUGCUCGCGGCUCCUAUGCUGCGUGCCGUCCUGGAGACGACCCAACAGACGUGAUUAUCAAUCUAGAAAGAGGGCUCGGAAACGUGCGGUUUGCCGGAGAGCACACAAUUUUAGAUGGCGCGGGAGCAGUGCAUGGAGCGUGGAUGAGCGGAAAACGUGAAGCAAAAUAUAUACUAGAAAAUCUAUGA